AUGUGCGGCACUAUCCAAUUCAUCGCCUUUGACGGCUUCAUCAUCGUCGCCGUCAUCCUCAUCGUCGUCUGGAUCCUCGCCCUCUGCGGCAUCGUUACCAUCGGUACUGGCGCCUUGCAGCAUAUCCUUAUCAUUUUCGCCGUGAUCUUCAUCAUUGCCUGGAUCUUCACCCGCUUCUGCUACGGUGGCAGACGCAGAGUCGGCGGGCGUCGUUCCAUCGUCUAA